GUUACUGUCAAGAAGACUAAUCAGGCUUUGAUAAUUGGAAUAUAUGGUGAACUAUGCCUCCUGGUCAGUGCAACAUGAUUGUGGAAAGGCUGGGUGAUUAUCUCAUUGAUCAGGGUCUCUAGUUGUGUUCUUGUGUUUUCCUUCUCUAUUAUUUUUCUUUUUUUGGUGCAGUCUUUUUUGCUUUUUAUUUGCUUUUCAAUCCCCUUUCGCCUUUACCCUUUCUCCUCUUUUCUUUGGGGAGCUUGUAUCUACCGACCUGUAGCUGGAUUGUUUUGUUUUUUCCCUUUCUUUUUUGGUGGGUCAAGUUGGAAUUGUUGCAUUGUAGUAGUAUUUACAUCUUUCGAAGUAGUGGUAAACAUGUGGGGAUUGCUAAAAAGGAAGAAUAUGGUCUUCUUCCUUGUAUGAAGCUAUUUGUCAUUGUAACCCCGUGUGGAAGGGUGCAUUUUUUUUUACCUUUUUUCUUGACCUCCUAGUCAAGUGCAAGGGGACUGGACAACUGGGCUAGCCCCAGUUGGUUCCGGAAGAUUAUGUUGAUAUUUAUUGGAAUAUAAUGAAAUUUGGUUUU